AUGCAUUCGGUGGAGAUAAUUACGAGCAGGUCGGCAACCAUACCAUCCCCAUCACUCCUCUGCUCCUCCAACCCCGAUUCCACCUCCGCUUUCUCUCACAACCAGAACCAUGAUCUGAAGCUAUUCCAACAUGAUUUCGGCCCCGACACCACUUUGCCCUCACUUCCGCUCCACUUCGGCAAUCCCAUGCCCUACCUCACACUUACAUGCGAUCUACACUUGCAUUCCUCCACUAUUGAUGGCAAACGGCAACAGGGAUCAGAUGCCAUAAAAGUCUCAGCGACAAGGAGAGCCAGCUCCCAGUUCCAAGACAUUGAGCUCAUUGAUCUCAGAGAUGGAAGGAAUGCUUAUGUUGAGAGCACUAGGAUUACUACCCCUAACGUUCAUCAUUUUAUCCCUUCCUUCUCAAGGCCUACUAGAUCCAUCAUUUGCCAACUCUGUGAACUUGGAUGGUUCUUCCGGAAGGUAAGAGGUUACAUUUCGGAGAGCAUUAAGGAUCAACAGUUUGAGGUCAGCACAGUUGGGCAAGCCUUUUGCUCUGCUCUUCAAGACGAACUCUCGGAUUACUAUAAGCUUCUCGCAGUGCUAGAAUCACAGUAUGCUAAUCCUAUCCCCUCAGCCGAAUUUGAUUUUGGAGGAAGCCCUGAAAACUACCUCUCUUUGCGGCGGCUUUUUGUUUGGCUUGCAGAGCCAAUGAUGAGGAUGCGUCUAAUGGCUUUACUGGUGGAUGGCUGCCAGGAACUAAGGGGCGGAGCCAUGGCUGGAGUUAUUCACGCUCAUGCCCAGCAUGGAAACCCUUUGGUUUAG